AUGCAGUGGAAGACACCAAUUUGUCUCAGGCACUUUGAGUUUGAACAUAUCACAUAUAGAGAGCCUGGCAACUGGAAUCCUAAGCGGCAGCCCCAUAGAACAGGAGGAAAUUCACCACCCAUUCUGCGAUUGUUCACCCAGGCCCAUCAGGCGCCCACCGAACUGGAGGUGUGGUUGACCGCAAUUGUCUACAUUCCAUGGAUCUUCUUUUGCUGGAGGGAUACGGAGCAAUUGGAGAAUCACUAUGCCGUCACUUUCUAUGCGUCUUGUGGCUGGGCAUUUAUGUCCCUGUCAUCAUUGUUUUCGGUGCUGUACCAAGAAAAGUAUCCUGACUUUGCACUGGGCAUCUUGCUGUUUGGUAACUGUGUCUUUGCCCUGGCGUGUCUCUACUUCUACGGCUAUCACUGGACCCGGAUGUGGCGGCACUUCACGCAAAAUCGCUUUCGACCACUCUGGAUCCCUGGCUUGCUGGGAUUGAUGUGCCUCCAUCUGCUGACGCCCUUGGAUCUGAUGAAGCGCUUGGAUGAUCCGGGCUGGUGGAAGACAGUUUGCUCAGUGUACAAUGAUGAGUGGUGGUGGGUUGCUGACGUACGCAUCAUUGAAUUGUUUGUGACUGCGGCCGCUCUGCUUUUGAUCAUUUUACACAUUCAGGGCGUCUUCACUGGCAUGAAGAAUGCUGCUGUGGUGGCUCUGGCCCCGGUGAGAGUGACAAGCGGUCGCAUCGUUUUGGCUCCCCACGCGCCACAGCGGAUCCUGGAUCUCUAUCGCAGCCUGGAGAGCCCCCGGCGCCUGGGCAACACGCCACGGCGCCGCACCGCGCACAGCGCGCAGAAGAGACGCCCCAGCUCGGCGCCGGCGGCGCGGGCGCAGCGCAGUGCUCGUCACGAAGAUCACAACGGCAGCAGUUGGAGCAUUGGUACGCUCUUCUGCAAGGAACGCGUGGGCGUGGGGCAUCUUCCCCGUCCCUCCGCCUGCACCUUCCGGCGCCCGCAGAGUGCAGGCGCCACCGGGUCCAUGACCGCGCCGCCGCAUCAGCGACCGGUUUUCCUGGUGGGUGAAAACGGCGUCGACCCCAAAGAUUGUGUCGACAUCCACAACCCACGUCGUUUCUCGAGCUUGGAGCGGACCUUUGCAAUGCGUGGCGUACGACAUUUGGAUCCUUUGGUGCCAGUGGCGCCGGGAACACUGCCAAGGCCGGACUCGAUGGGCUACAGCAGCAGUUCCAGUACGAGGACCAUCUCUGACUUCGCACCGAUCCCAGCUUUUCGACCCGUGAGCUGA